AUGAGCGACGAACGCUCUUCCACCGAUAACGUCCCCGGCGGGACGCCUAACUUUCCGACCGUGUCCAGUCUGAAGUCGGAAGACUCUACCGAGCAGCUGAUAUGUAAGACUCCGCAGAAGAACACCGUCAAGAGAGGUGUCAGUGUCAGUUCCAAGAGUGUAGAAGCGGGAAGUGAUGACGGGAACGGGUCGCGGCGACUGAUCGUGGCUCUAGGAGUGGCGCAAGUGGGUUUAGGGGUGCUUCUAGUCGGAAGCGGCGCCCUCGCGGUGGUGAAGGGCGCGGCUCUGUCCCGGGUCGGAGCCGGCCUUUGGGCGGGUGGACUAGCCGUGGUCGCCGGUGUGGUCGGCGUCAUCGCAGGCCUUAACGACUGCUACGCGCUCAAUGGACCCACUUCAGGGGGACUACUGACUGCGUUUCUGGCUUUAUCCUUGCUUUGCCUAGCUUGCGGUAACAGCGCUGCUGUGCUGGCGGCCGCAGGCCUACGAAGAGAUUCGCUUCGAGACCCCGAUCCACUUGACACCUUUCAAGAUGAAAUGCAAGCCUGGACGCCAGUGUUGACUAAUAUAGCACUUCUUAUCGUCGCGUCACUUCACUGUCUGGUGUGUGUCAUUUCCAUCUAUUACCUGUCGAAGCGCGUCUGCUCAUGCUUCCGCCCCAAACAGCCCUUUGACCAUAACCAAUUCUCGGUGGAUUACAAGACUCCUUGCGUAUUUCAUGUCGACGAGAUGAAGAAGGCUCAGGAUCAGGAGCGACAGCGCGGUCACGAGCUGUGCAAAGAGUUGGAGGCAAAAUUACAGAGCGACGCACCAAAGAGGAAGAAGGAAGAGUGUGAGUUCGGCAGUGCGAACAGUAAGGAGCACCUCGUCAACCGUUGGCUGGGUCGUCAUGGUGGCGCUGCAGCACGGCCGCUACCACGCCACGGUGUACGGAAGGCUAGGAAGCCUCCACCGGGUCCUGUGGUGCUCGUACCGGCGCAUCCGGCCAGCACGCUUGGUCGAAUGCCCGUGGGCGUGGUAGUACCUCCCCGGCCCUACGCCACGCUGCCCCUGCCACCGGCGCACUACCCGCCGCCCGCCCAGUUGUACUACCCCAUACACGACACGCGCAUCCGCCGUCGUCGGUCUCCCCGUGAGGCUCGCCACGAGCGGCGGCGGCGAGUGGCUCGCGAGCGCGAUUCGCUCACUCGCUCGCUCGAGCGGAUCCACCGCAAAAGGCGUGCGGAUCGCGAGCGGCUGUCCGACGCCGACCUCAAGCGGACGUACACCGGCCUGGACAGAGCAUACGCGGAACAGUUCAUAGCGGUGUGCGACAGCAGCCGGCUGUCGGCGGAACAGCACGACUCGCUGGCCUCGACGGCCACCAGCGACUCCAACAAUAGCCAAGACACACAAUGA